CCUCCCGCCCCAUAGGGACGCGCGGGCCGCGGUCACGUGAGGCGCGCGGUUCCGCUUCCGCUGGGGCGCCCCCUGGCGCGUGCUCCCCGCCGCGGCGCGCUCGCGGCCUCGCGUACCCGGCCAUGGAGGCGGCGGCGGCGGCGGAGGGCGCGGAGCCGGCGGGAGGAGGAGGAGGAGGAGGAGGAGGAGGAGGAGGAGGAUGCGGCGGCGCGGAGGAGCCCGUGGUCUCCUUGGCGGAGGUGCUGGCGGAGAACGAGGAGCUGGAGAAGGAGGCGCGGGCCGUGCUGGGGGGCAGCGACCACGAGCGCUGCAGCUACUCGCAGGGCGCGGUGAAGAGGCAGGCGCUGUACGCCUGCAGCACCUGCACGCCGCCCGGGGCGGAGCCGGCGGGGAUCUGCUUGGCCUGCAGCUACGAGUGCCACGGCACCCACCGCCUCUUCGAGCUCUACACCAAGAGGAACUUCCGCUGUGACUGUGGAAACAGCAAGUUCAAAAAUCUGCAGUGCAAGUUGCUCCCAGAAAAGGGAAAGGUGAAUUCAGGAAACAAGUAUAAUGACAAUUUCUAUGGAUUAUACUGUACUUGUAAAAGACCUUACCCUGAUCCUGAAGAUGAGGUUCCAGAUGAGAUGAUCCAAUGCAUAGUUUGUGAAGACUGGUUCCAUGGAAGGCAUCUUGGUGCAAUUCCCCCUGAAAGUGGAGACUUCCACGAAAUGGUGUGCCAAGCCUGCAUGAAUCACUGCCAUUUCCUAUGGGCUUACGCAUCACAGUUAGCAGUUCCUGCUCUGACCAAAGUGAACUCUCUUGAAGAUGAAGGGGUUGUGCUGAAGGUUGAGGAAAGUGAAGAGCCGAAAAAAGAAAUAAAAAAAGAAAGUGGAGUGGAACACCAAGAAACGAAGGAGGAGAAGCAAAUGGAACGGUUUAAUGAACCAUCCACUAGCUUUGGGUCUGCCUGUCCAGAGGUAGUGACCAAGAAGGAGGAGCCAGUCUGCAAGCUGAAAGAACUCCAGAGCAAGCGAUUUUCCAGAAGAGAUAGUGCCACCUUUUGGCCAUCGAACUGGAGAAGCAAAUUAUGCACCUGUGAAGACUGUCUGAAAAUGUAUUCCGAGCUUGAAGUCCAGUUCCUGACAGAUGAAUGUGACACCGUCUUGGCUUACGAAAAUAAAGGUACCAGUGACCAAGAAACAGAGAGGAGAGAUCCUUUAAUGGACACCCUGAACAGCAUGAACAGAGUCCAGCAAGUAGAGCUCAUCUGUGAAUACAAUGAUUUAAAGACAGAACUGACUGACUAUCUCAGGAGAUUUGCAGAUGAGGGAACGGUGGUUAAAAGAGAAGACAUUCAGCACUUCUUUGAAGAAUUUCAGUCACGGAAAAGACGACGGACUAACCGGAUGCAGUACUACUGUAGUUAGAUCGCGAGGGCUUGGGUCUGAAAGGAACCGGGAGACAACAGUCACUGGCAAACCGAAGAGGCUUCUCCUCGAAAUCCAACUGUCCAAGAACCAUCUUCACUCUGUCUCAUACUUCCUUUAUUUAAGUAGCCACUAAAUCGUGUUCUUAAGAGGCAUUUAGAGGGAUUUCGGCACCGCUCGCCUUCGGUCCUUACUCUCCUAAGGGCUUAAGGAGGCUGGCCGGGGCUCCGGGGGAGGCUGGCUGCCCACCGGAGCCGCCUGCCGCCGCUCUUCCUGCGGGAACAAGGGACGGGGCCGUUUGCUCCCCCCAUCCGAGCGCCCGGUCGCUGCCCGGCCCCACGCCCCGGGGAGCAAUGAGAAAUCAGAGGUCAUUAGGCUUGAUGCGACAGAACUGUGCGCUCUGGUUUUAUAAAAUGCAAACCCUUUGGUUUUUAAUAUUGUACAGUGAUGUUUUACAUGCAAAAAAACUUGUCACGUGAACUUUAUCCGCUCACUAGAAUAUAAACAAGAGCCAGGAGGAGGUGCGAAAGUACAAAUGAAGCGUUGGUGGGUUUGUUACAGGACUUCUAAUGCGCUUUGAUUUUUAAAAACUAGCCUACUGCAAAUUAUUGUACUUCAGCAGUGUUCCUGAAACCACUGCAGCAGCCUGGCGUUUUGCUACAGUAUGGAAUGUGUGAUCUUUUUAUAAUCACUGUGAUAAUCGUGGAAGAGGAGCUCUGUCACUGACUUUGAAGAAUCUGCACUUAGCUACAAUUAAAUAAUGACUUUUCCUGACUUUGGAGGCUAAUAUAGUUUUUAGGUUUUUUUACCCACAAACCCUAACACCUCCUACUUUAAGAGUUUUAAUUUUUAACUAACUCCUUGACGUAGUUGGAAGCUUUCUUUACCAUGGGGUAAGACCCUGCUUCCAUGUUAAUGACUUUUAAGAAAAUCAGACCUUCAUCUAUCAUUCUCCCUAUUCCUUGUUUCUGACCCCUUUAUUUACAACAGCUCAUUCUAGCGUAGAGGCUCAGUUCAUGGGUUUGUUUCAUGCACAAGGAUUAGCUGCUUUUAAAUUGAACCCUGGGUAGUGUGCGUGCUUUUUUUGUAGCAAAUGUUACGGGGAGUGUAACUGCAUAUCCAGCUCAGAUAUCUAAAAAUUAAAGAACUCUUCAACCUGAA